GGGCUGCGGUGAAAACAUGGAGACUCUGAAUCCGCCCCAUGACUAACUCCUGCACCGCGGAGGAGCCGGGACACACACGUUCACACACACACACACACACACACACACACACACACACACACACACAGAGUCACACACUCUCUCGCACUCUCUGGGCAUGCUCAGUCGGCGGGGCCGGUUCAGGCUGCUGCCACCACCACCACCAGCAGCAGGAGUAGCAGUAGCAGCAGCAGCAGCAGCAGCAGCAACAGCAGCAGCAGCAGCCCCGCCGCUACCGCGGCCGCCGCUGCUGAGUCGGAAGCCUGUGCAGAGCAAGCCGGGCUGUCAGUGAGACAGGAGAUCGCGAGGGCGCGCGCGCAGCGGCUGCUUGGGCUCCGGCACCUGGGGUUCCCCGCGGCCGGAGCAGCAGGAGCAGCCUCAGCCCCGCGGGAUCGGUCACAGUCUGCUCCUCUCCAGCCAGGACCUUUUGGUCCCCCACCUGGCCCUCGGACUCCUGCCCUUCCUUCUUUCCGGGGAGGGGAGGGAAGGUGUCCAGCACCUCUUGCUCCCCUCCAGCCUCCCCACUCCCUCGUCGGGCUCCGGCUUUCCCAGGGGAGGCAGGUGGUGGCUUGGAGGGGACCAUGGCCGACGUUUUCCCGGCCAACGACUCCACCGCGUCUCAGGACGUGGCCAACCGCUUCGCCCGCAAAGGGGCGCUAAGGCAGAAGAACGUGCACGAAGUCAAGGACCACAAAUUCAUCGCCCGCUUCUUCAAGCAGCCCACCUUCUGCAGCCAUUGCACUGACUUCAUCUGGGGGUUUGGGAAACAAGGUUUCCAGUGCCAAGUUUGCUGUUUUGUCGUUCACAAGAGGUGCCAUGAAUUUGUCACUUUCUCUUGUCCGGGUGCAGAUAAAGGGCCUGACACUGAUGACCCCAGAAGUAAGCACAAGUUUAAAAUCCACACAUAUGGAAGCCCUACAUUUUGUGAUCACUGUGGCUCACUGCUCUAUGGACUUCUACAUCAAGGGAUGAAAUGUGACACCUGUGAUAUGAAUGUUCACAAACAAUGUGUAAUAAAUGUUCCAAGCCUCUGUGGAAUGGACCAUACAGAAAAAAGAGGGCGAAUUUAUCUGAAAGCAGAAGUCACAGGUGAAAAACUACAUGUCACAGUACGAGAUGCAAAAAACUUAAUCCCUAUGGAUCCAAAUGGACUUUCCGAUCCCUAUGUGAAGCUGAAACUUAUCCCUGACCCUAAGAAUGAAAGUAAACAAAAAACCAAAACGAUCCGCUCCACACUAAACCCACAGUGGAAUGAGUUAUUCACAUUCAAAUUAAAACCUACAGAUAAAGAUAGACGGUUAUCUGUUGAGAUCUGGGACUGGGAUCGAACAACAAGAAAUGAUUUUAUGGGUUCACUUUCAUUUGGUGUAUCGGAACUUAUGAAAAUGCCAGCAAGUGGAUGGUAUAAGUUGCUUAAUCAAGAAGAAGGUGAAUACUACAAUGUGCCCAUUCCAGAAGGAGAUGAAGAAGGAAAUAUGGAACUGAGGCAGAAGUUUGAAAAAGCCAAGCUUGGCCCUGCUGGUAACAAGGUGAUCAGUCCAUCAGAUGACAGGAAAUCCAAUGUACCAUCCAACAACCUUGACAGAGUCAAACUCACAGAUUUUAAUUUUCUCAUGGUCCUGGGGAAAGGUAGUUUUGGAAAGGUGAUGUUGGCUGACCGGAAGGGAACAGAAGAACUAUACGCCAUCAAAAUUUUGAAAAAAGAUGUGGUGAUACAAGAUGAUGAUGUUGAGUGCACGAUGGUAGAGAAGAGAGUACUAGCUCUCCUAGACAAGCCUCCUUUCUUAACACAAUUGCACUCCUGCUUUCAGACAGUUGAUCGUCUUUAUUUUGUCAUGGAAUAUGUCAAUGGUGGAGACCUCAUGUACCACAUUCAGCAAGUAGGAAAAUUUAAGGAGCCACAAGCAGUGUUCUAUGCAGCAGAGAUUUCAAUUGGAUUAUUCUUCCUUCAUAAACAAGGGAUCAUUUAUAGAGAUUUGAAAUUAGACAAUGUCAUGUUGGAUUCAGAAGGACAUAUCAAGAUCGCUGAUUUUGGAAUGUGCAAAGAGCAUAUGUUAGAUGGAGUCACAACCAGGACGUUCUGUGGAACUCCGGAUUACAUUGCCCCAGAGAUCAUUGCUUAUCAGCCGUAUGGAAAAUCUGUGGACUGGUGGGCCUAUGGUGUCCUGUUAUAUGAAAUGUUAGCUGGACAGCCUCCAUUUGAUGGUGAAGAUGAAGAUGAACUCUUUCAGUCCAUAAUGGAGCACAAUGUUUCCUAUCCAAAAUCAUUGUCCAAAGAGGCUGUCUCCAUCUGCAAAGGGCUAAUGACAAAGCACCCUGCAAAACGCCUGGGUUGUGGGUCUGAGGGAGAAAGGGACAUCAGAGAACAUGCAUUUUUCAGAAGAAUUGACUGGGAGAAACUGGAGAACAGAGAGAUCCAACCACCAUUCAAACCUAAAGUGUGUGGCAAAGGAGCAGAAAACUUUGACAAAUUCUUUACACGAGGACAGCCGGUGUUAACACCACCUGAUCAACUGGUCAUUGCUAACAUAGACCAAGCCGAUUUUGAAGGUUUCUCUUAUGUCAAUCCACAGUUUGUGCACCCCAUCUUGCAGAGUGCAGUAUGAAAAUGACCAACAGGAACAAAAACCCCAAUUCCCUGGUCCCACCCACAGUGUUCCUUAAUUCCUAAAAUUUUAAGGUCUCAGUCUUGUUGCUUAUUCCAGUUGGAGACCUGAAAAUCGUAGGGUUAGAAGUCUAAAUGUGAUCAACCGUUCAGGAUCUCACUUUCAAUCAAGAAACAUUGUCUUAGUGAAAGUUGAUAUAGUACCCAGUUUAGCCUUUUAGGAGCCACAGCUGGUUAUAUGUCACUCUUACAAAGCAAACAAAUUCUUAACCCGUUUUUGGUACGUUUUGAUAUAUUUUCUUUAACUUUCACCUGUCAAUUUUCAUUAAUAGAAUUCCUCAUUAUAGAGUUCAGGUUAGAACCCUCUCAUUAUCUGAUAGGCUGAGGAUUUCUUCAACUGAACAGUCUUUGGAAUGGAAGCAUGGAGAGUACAGAAAGUAAGCGCUGUGUUGGGAGAGACAGCACCUCACUGAACCAGGUAUUCCCAUGGUCUUUGCUAGUUAAUUUUUUAAAAAUUGCUAGAAAAGACCAAGGAGGAACAGAAGAGUGCAGAUGAUGACGCAGUUGCAAGCUAAACAUUCCCAAACCUUGGCUGUUCAUCACCCAGCCACAGCCUAUCGGCUCUCAGUUUUAAAAGACCAAAAAGAAAGAAAAGAAAAGAAAGUCAAAUAUUUCAUGAAUUCAUCAUAUCAUGUCUGGCUCGUUUGAUAACUAGUUUUAAAUUGCAUUUCUAUUAAGAGGCCAAAUAUUUUAAGGACAAUGCUAAGGUAGCGUGUGAAAUCAUUUCAGAUCUAAAGGAAAAUUUCCAUAUUUAUGUUCAUGUUAAUCUCUGAGAGAUUAUUCUGAGAUCCAGGGUGCCAUUGUUAAUUAUGCCACUAUUCAAGAGCAUUGUUAGCCAAUCUCACAAAACACAAUAUUUUGCUACUGACUUUAUUAAUUUAGUAAGAAGCUGAGCUGUAACCCUUUUCCCCUUUUGUACUUAUUUAUUUGAUAGGCUGCAGUGUUGUUUAUGAAAGUAAUAUGUAAAAUAACUUAAUGAAGUAUUGAACUAGAGAGUCCGUCCCUAAAUUGGGAAACUUUAUCCUUUUGAGUUUACUUAGAAAGAAAACAAAUAAAAGGCUUCAUUUUCCAUUUCCAUUUCCCACUGAAUGAUUCACCUGGAGAUGUCGAAUCAGUUAGCCUGGAUUAAAACCAAUUUCCACAAACAUUUAAUUUCUAGAAGGAAUUUACUAUGUUUUGCAUCUGCAUCAUGCAAUGAAUUUUGCAUGUUUAUAAUAAAUCUUAAUAUAUACUGUUGAUAUAAUCUUAUGCAGUAUAAAGAGAGUAUUAUAAUAAUUUUAUAAGACACACUUUGUGUUAUAUCUGUGAAGGUUCUCAUUUCUAAGCAACCUCCCCCUUGUUUAGAUUCUAGCUUCAUGUUCUGCUGCCAUGAUUCUUUUCUCCCUCAAUGCAUCUUCUGCUAACUGUCACUAGUAUUAAGUAUAUUCAUUUUUUAAUAUAGAUCAACUAUCCAAAAUGAAUGGCUACUUUACAUGAUUUAGUUGGGCUUUCGUUAUAUCGGUCUGCUUCUACUUAGAAAACACACACACAUACAUAAAACAGCAGAGAGAUUUUCUAGGCUAAAAGGCAUUUUUGAGAUGACACACUUAUCUUCUUAAUUCAAUCUUCUCCUUAUUGGCUCAUGCACAGUAUUUCCUCUUAGAGUUAAUAAGAAGUGAUCAUACUCCAUCCCAUAAUUUAUGCCGACUCAGGCGCUCUUUCAGCACCUUGGGCCUUGUUUGUGACUUGUAGGCAAGGGAAAAACAGAAAGGUUGCCUUCUUGGGAGGCAUGGGAAUGCCAGAAGCAUGUUGUCUGUACUGCUAUUUGUGAAACAGGCUGCUGUGUUUUUUUCUCAGCAAGUGACAUGCUGUCAUGAGAACGAUAUUUGCCAUAUGAGAUUUAACAUUGUAUCAUUCCCAAUAGCAAAGGGGUCCCCCAAUUGUGCCAAAAAUACUCCAUUCCAGAACACAGGUUUCAUUAUGGCUGCUAGUAGAAGAGCAUGAAUGCUGUAAGUCAUCAUCCAAAAGCAAGAUAGUCAAAAGAAUUUUAAAAUGUCUGAUGACUCAAAAUAUGUAUGAGCUAGAAGUGUCCAUUGACGGCUGCAGAAAGUUUCUAGAUUUUCCUCUAUUCUUAAGGCAUGUCUCCCAGCCAAGCCUCUCUAUGUUUUUACCAUACAUACACACACACACACACACACACACACACACACACACGCACAAACAUUUUUAAGAAGAAAAUUUUAGGCUAACAUAUGGCCUGCUAAGAGCACUCUGUGAUGUACUAUACGUACCUAUACUCCUGGGCUCUACAAUGCCUGGCAAGGGUGAGAGGAAAAUCAGGAAGAGGGAAAGGCAGAACCCUAGAAAGUGUAGUUCUAUGGCAGUCAGCCAUGGUUUCAGGCAUUUGUGGCAUCGAGGCUUCAGAAUUCAAAAGGGGCUAUGGAGGAUUCAUACUAGGGUCCUAAUAGUCUAUAUAACAUCAAGGAGCAGCUAUUCAGAGUUGACUUAAUUCAGUCUUGCUUAAAGAGUUAGAUUUUAGGGUCUAGAGUAAAAAUUGAUCAAAGGGCAAAGAUCAAAGAAGUAGCAAAGGAAGAGAUUAUCAUAUGAGCUCUUAGAACCACUAAUGGUUCCCAAGUCUUAUCACAGAGACAGCUCCUAAGUAGAGACCGUCCUUUUCAGGAAACAGAUGAGGAACCAUGUUUGUAGGGGCUCUUUUGAUUCCCAUACAGAUCUCCACAGAGAUUUUCUUAGGAAACAAAGUCAGGCAUCUUAGCCUCUUUGUAUCCUUUUCUUAAUCCUUGUAGAGUUUAGAUCAAAAAAGACACUGACCUAAGGGGGCAUCCCUUUGCUCUGAAUAAGGGGAUUUUAGGCGCAGCAAAUUUGCUGAGAACAGCUUUUAAAGACAAUGGUAUACAAGUCAAUCGGAGUAAGGUGGUUGGGGUAGGGGUUAGCAUUAAAGAACUUAUAAUGAAUUGAAAUCUUAAGUGCUGAGGACAAAUGUUAGGGCCAGUCCUGCAAUGGCUCUUUCAGAGAGUAAUUACUGAGAGCAAAGAAUUCUAUGGGCAGCUGUUAAAAAAGCUCUGACUGUUAUAAACAGACUCUAUCUGUUUAUAAAACAGAUUGCACCAGAAUUGACCAAUUCUAUGAAUUCUGUAAAACUAUGUGAGAGAUUUAUUUAAAAAUUUUAGAAUCAGAACUUCUUAGUUGAGUAGGCACUUAUGAAAGGUGAAUUCAACUCAGCAAACAUUUAUUCAGCCCCGACUAUGUACCAGUUAAGUACUAUAGAAGCAAAACAAUAAUAAGAUGGCAUCUGCUCUCAAAGAGUUCUCAAAUUCAAUGCCCCCUUGAAAGAAACAAUUACCACAUGCCAGUGAACAGUACAAUAGUAGCUUGUAGAGCCUAGGAACUUACCAUUGGAAAUAUCAUAUCCACCUGGUAGGUUCUGCCUCAUUAUUUUUCUCUCAGAAACCAAAUGCCUUAGGAAAAUUUAAAAGCUAUCCAUAUGGCUUCGCAUUAUCUCUCCUGGACACUAUUGAAUAGCUAUAAACCUUAAGAGGUUUAAUUCUGGGAUCCUGACAUUUUUUUCUCCUGAUAUCUCUUCACAAAAGUUAAUGAGGGUUCGGACCAAGUAAAAAUUACACAACUGAGUCCUAGGUAUUAGUGGCAGGUUCAAAUCAAAUGAGAACAUGAGAAUUGAUGCAAAAAAUAAUGAAAGAGGCAUAAGUAAACCAUUAAUGAUGAAAUUCUUUUCUCUUAGUGCCUUUACUCCUCAAUCCAUGUGAAAUACUUAAUCCAAAAUAUAACAAAACCUUCUAGAUCGGACUCACUAUUUAAAUGAGCCAUUUAAAAUAACAUAAUGUCACAAGUGUUCAAGGAAACUGCUCAAAGAAUGUGAGAGACUGAGUGAUCAAAUUCAAUUAGGCUGCAAGAAUAUUCGUUGAGUGUCAGCCAUGUACUUCUCACUGGCAGCAAUAAGGGACUCCAGAACCAUCCGGGAACCCCAAUCUCAGUAGAAGAGGAGUCCCCCAAAUGAAAAGGGAGAAGACAAUAGUAAAGGACUUAGAAUGAAAAUGAGAGGUACAAACUCCUAUGUACUCUGGGAGUUCAAAGACCAGAGACAUCAGUGAGGAUAAGAUAGUCAUUGCCAAGGAGGUGAAAUCUGAACUGUACCCUAAAGGAUUAGUAUAUUUACUAUAUAGCAUUUUAAGGAAGAACCUCCAGCUGUUUUAAGUAAACAUUAGCUGACCUUUAUCAGUGCAAAUGUAGAAUUCUACUAGUGCUCCAGAAACCACUUUUGCUCUUACUCAACAGCCGCCCCCCCCCCAAAAAAAUUAUUGACAGGGAAAGAGGUGGGUUUUUUUUCCUCCUUAAGGAGAGAAAAUGUCUCACAUGUUGUUAAUCAUGUCUCUAUCAUUCCCCUCCCCCAACUUUCUAACUUAAAACCACAGCUAUUUCUCUUUGUGAAAUAGGACAAGAGUUUCGAUAGGUAUGGAUCAGACACCAACGGGACCCUUUCCUUUUUUGUCCCUCUUGGCUGUGGCUUCCUGCAGAGAGCCCUGGGAAUUAAAGCCAGGUGGGCAAGUCCUAAGUUCACCUAACCAGUCCUACAAGUCUCAUUUUAAUACACCUUAGAAAUCAGCGCAAACACACACAAUUGGACAUUUUCUUUCCUUUUUUCUCUGUUGCUACCAAAAUAAAAGGUACGAUUACAUGGUUUUUCUUUAUAACCAAUGCAAAUUAUUAAUCUCAUCCAGCAAUGUACUUUUCUUACUUCAAUUAUAUAUAACAUUCUGUGAGCAGGUCACUUUAUAUUGGGUAAUUUUCUUAUUACUGAUACCACAGUGAUAGCCAGAAUGCCAGUUUCCCUAGCAAAGGCACCUCUUUUCCAGUCAUGGAAAUGGAAGUGAAGGCCUCAGCACAGAAACCACCGUGGUUUUUGAGCCUGGUACAACAGAGCCAUGGAAGUCACUUAGUAAUAGUGGUAAGAACAGGAAGUAAAGGAAAAAUUGACAGGAUCUGGUUAUUAGUGGCUAUACACUAACUUGCUAAUGAACUCCUGGAAACAGUUAAAAGCCACUUUUUUUAAAAUAACUGAUAUAUUUCUUCCAGCCCGGUCAUAACCAAUUGUUAGAUGUUCUCUUUGCCUUUCUGGUGACUUUUGGGGGAGAAAAGGGAAACUUGGUCCUGUGACAUAAUGCUUAAAAGGAGAAAACUAAUGAGAGCAUAUGUGGUUGAGGAUAAUCUUAAAAGUUUUUGAGUGGGGUUUGUGAAAUUCCAUAAUGCCAGAAAUUUUGUGGGGAGGAAAUUAAAACUUUGAAAUGAACUCUGACAUCAGUAUAUCUAGUCUUUGUGAUUUUGUAUAUGUUAAAAACUGUUUCAGUAAAACUCAAUACUCAAACAGCCUUACAAGAACCCUGCACUGAAGUGCAAAAUGUUCAGAAAAAAUUUUUUAGCCUUCAAGAAAAAAAUCAAUUUAUUAAAUUGACAUGGGAUGACUGCAUAUACUAGGCUGUUUGUACUUUUUUAUAUACAACUUUAAUAGCUAAUUCUGCUAAGACCAUUUUUUUAGAAAAUACCAUCACUUGACAAUGUUUCAUAAAAAUAAGCACACAGACCCUGGAGGAAGACUUAGCUGUUAUCAUCCAGGGUUCCAAUGGCAUGAAAUGGCAUCUGUGGAAUACAGUUGCACUAUUUUUUUUAACUUCUCUGGGGAUUUGUGCCAUUCUGAAGACAUUGGAAGUUCUGGUGGGAUUCGUUAGUAGCCCAAACCCCUCUGUAACCACAGAACAGAUACUGAAGACAAAAAUACAUAAAAUCCAGGAACAAUUGUCUUACAGGAAAGAUGCACUUAUUUUCAAUUGGAGACUUGUAGUCAGUCAUAAGUCAUGUGAUUCCCUGAGCCUCCUGUGCAGAUUUCCUUGGACAUACGUAGAUGUCUACACUGCUAGUUUCAGCGCGAGCUCUUACCUUGCCUUGCUUAUUUCUGUCCCUACAUACCCGAUAACCCCUUUCCUCCAUGUUCAGAAACAUUUCUAUGUAAUUUCCAUGAGAAAGAAUGAGCAGCAUACCUGCCCAUUGGUAUUGCUUUUUACAUAACUGAUAGUGUAGACAACUGAUUUUCAGAAAAACAUACAUUAAUUAGACUUAAUUAGAACUCUUUCUAAAAUAAGCCAAGAACAAUUGGAUGCUGCAUUUUUCUGGUUAACAAUUUUGCAGAAAUCAACUUUGUUUGCAUCAUGUCCCUUUAAGAGUAUGCCUGUAGAUAAUCAAUGAUUAUGGUUUUUCCCCCCUUUCUGGAAGAACUUGGUUCUUUUCCUGGGGAUUAGGAGUGGAGGAGGUGAUAAUAAACUUAAAAACCCCUUGGAAGGGAAGCAGCGAUUCCUCUGGAUCUAAACAUUUUGCUAAAAAUUAAAAUCAUGACCUUUGUUUUAGGACCUUUUUAGCAAAAGACUCACUUUUUUGGGCAGUUGCAACAUUGCUUUUGUGAUGUUAAUUUUUUAACAACAACAGAAAAAACACUUGAAAAGUACUAAUCCUGCAAAUUACCAGAAGAUCCCCAAAUUUAUAUUUGUAAGAAGGAAGUUGUUUUAUUUUGUCAGUAAACAACUACUAAGAAAUGUAAAAGCCAUUUGAAUGUCAAACAAUAUCUGGAAUUAAACACAAAAAAAAACAAGAAUGAUGUAUAAACUAUUGGCAUUGGUUUUCUUCUUAAAACCUUUAUUCCUUGUUUGCAUGAUCCGCUUUGUUAAAUAUAUUAAUUGUAGUUUGAAAGCAAGUGUGUAUGAAUAAAGAUAAUGAUCAUUCCUUG